AUGGAUAUACCAAUCAAAGCCUCAGUGAUAAGUGAACCUGAUACGGAAAUUGACACUUUUAUCUUGAAUGUUACGAACAACAGUAACUUAAAUAUUUCCAGUAUAUACCCGGACCUUCCUUAUUACUUAACAUUCAAUGAAGAAUCGAUUAGAGAAGUCGUUCUAUACAGCCUCAUGUUUGUACUGGCAGCUGCCGGUAAUCUUCCCGUUUUUGUGACUCUCAUUCGAAACAGGCAUCGGAAGUCUCGUGUAAACCUGAUGAUCAUGCAUCUGGCCAUUGCUGAUUUGAUCGUAACCUUUGUCAUGAUCCCGCUUGAAAUAGCUUGGAGGAUUACGGUGGCGUGGCUUGCUGGGAAUGUAUUCUGCAAAAUUAUGUUGUACAUGCGAGCUUUUGGACCUUACCUGUCGUCGAUGAUUCUUGUCUGCAUCAGUUUGGACAGGUACUUUGCCAUCCUUCACCCUCUAAAGGUUAAUGAUGCUCAGCGCCGAGGAAAGAUCAUGCUCAUUCUUGCCUGGUCUAUCAGCAUCCUAUGUAGCAUUCCACAGGUAAAUUUCAUUAAUAAUUUUAGU